UUUUAAUGUUGAGUAACAGCAUGCUGGUCUGCGUGUGCUGGAGAGGGUGAGAGAGCGAGCUAGAGGAAUAAAGUGCUCCUCCUGGAUCUUAUCGGAGCCUUCUCUUGCCUUCCCCUCUCUCGCCUUCCCCUGUACUUCUUGGUUUCGGCUUGUGUCCAUUGAAGUUGGGGAGGCCCUGGAGAGGACACACAAUGGAGCGAAGAGCCUGUGGCAACUGGGCCGUUGUACUACUGAGAGGGGGAUGGGGUAGAGAGAGGACCGGUUCACACAGCUAACACAGCCUGCCGGCUGUAGGCUUCAACAGCCUUUCCUCCCCGCCUGGACCCACUGUUUCCAGUCUGGGGCCUUUUUCUGUAGAACAGCCACCCUCAAACAACGCUUGGACGACACUAAGGAUUAAUCACCAUGUUUUGUGGGAUUUUAGGGUACAUACUGGAGCCUGAAGAAUAACACUUCCCGUAUUUUGGAUAAGAGAAAAGAAAAAACAAACUUCUGUGUAGCUCUUGCCCGUUUUUGGUUUCUGUUUCAGUUUAGUGGAGUUCAUAAAUGGAUUACAAGAUGCAUGCCAAGUCAAACGAUUUGCUGGAUUUUCAAAAACUGGAUGCCCUUCUGGAAAAAAUUGCACAUUCAGUCUCUGUGAAAAGAGAGUCCAGCGAGGAGUGCAAUGGGAUCAGUGGUGCUCUGUCAGUGGAGUCUGUGCCGGGGCCAAGACUGAACUGGUGUCCUGCCAACACCACUACCCCUGCCCCUGCAGCUCCUGCUCUGGGGCCCGAGCCCGCGCCCAACCCUGUUAGAAUGGGGGACGGCCUGGAUGCAGCGCAGAUGUCGGGCAGCAGCAGCAGCCAGGGGCAGGCCCAGCAAAUGGGCAACCCCCCACCCCCAGAGUACAUCAAUCCCAACAGGCCAAAGCGCCAGACCAAUCAGCUGCAGUACCUGCUCAAGGUGGUGGUGAAGGCCCUGUGGAAGCACCAGUUUGCCUGGCCCUUUCAUAUACCAGUGGAUGCGAUCAAACUUAACCUGCCUGACUACUACACAAUAAUCAAAACUCCUAUGGACAUGGGAACAAUCAAGAAAAGGCUUGAAAACAGUUACUACUGGAAUGCCCAAGAAUGUAUCCAAGACUUCAACACAAUGUUCACCAACUGCUACAUAUACAACAAGCCUGGAGAUGACAUAGUCUUAAUGGCUGAGUCUCUAGAGAAGGUUUUCCUCCAAAGGGUCACAGAAAUGCCUCAGGAAGAAACUGAGAUUGUUGUCAUGACAGGGAAAGGACGUGGCCGUGGCCGAAGAGACGGAGGUCUGAACUUGAAACCAGGGCCCAUCAUUGAUUCUUCGUCCUUGACUCCUCAAACGCGUGGUCUGUCAAACCUCUCAGCAGCACCGCAGACCAGAGGACCAGUGCAGGGCCCGCCUUCACUACCUCCCCAGCCUUUGAUGCAGGCCCUGCCGUCCCACGUGGCCCCAACAUUACCCAGUCAUGCGCCACAGCUCGGUGCUCCCUACUCCCUGGGCCAAUCAGACUGUGCUCCUCAAGUUCCCAUCAUGACUUCUGUGCCUCCCCCUGCUCAGACCUCCCUUCCUCCAGCAUCCAUCCAGAGCACUGCCCCCAUGCUGCAGAACCCUAUAACCAUGACCAAACAAAGAAAGAGCCAGAAAAGGAAAGCUGACACUACAACGCCCACAGCAAAUGACCAGCUGAGUGAGUCUUCACCAGCAGAGUCCAAAUCUGGGAAGACACUACCCAGGCGAGAGAGUACCCGGCCUACAAAACUGAUAAAGAAGGAUGCUCCCGACUCCCAGCAUCACAUAGGCAUGGGGAUGGGACUGAGUGGACCAAGUGGAGGUCAUAGCCCCAAACCACAGGAUCAGCUGGGAUACUGCGCUAGUCUGGUUAGGGAUAUGCUGUCCAAGAAGCAUGCUGCUUACGCCUGGCCAUUCUACAAACCUGUUGAUGUGGCUGCACUGGGACUACAUGAUUAUCACGAUAUCAUCAAAUUUCCAAUGGACCUCAGCUCCAUCAAGGCCAAGCUGGAGAAUAGGCAAUACCGAGAACCCCAGGAGUUUGCAGCUGACGUACGAUUAAUGUUUUCCAACUGCUACAAAUAUAAUCCACCAGACCACGAGGUGGUAGCUAUGGCACGCAAGCUACAGGAUGUCUUUGAGAUGCGCUUUGCCAAGAUGCCAGAUGAACCUGAGAUCAAGCCACUGGUUCCUGCCCCAGCUCCAACACUUCACCAUCCUGCCCCUGUUAAGCCCCAACCUCCUUUGGCCCAUGUCGCGUCAUCUUCCGACAGCUCCAGUGACUCAUCCUCUGAGUCUGAGUCAUCCACAGAUGACUCGGAAGAGGAGAGAGCCCAGAGGUUGGCAGAGCUCCAGGAACAGUUGAAGGCUGUCCACGAGCAGCUGGCUGCCUUAUCCCAACCACAAGCCAGCAAACCAAAGAGAAAAGAGAAGGAAAAAAAGGAGAAGAAAAAAGAAAAGCAUAAGAAGAAAGGAGGCAUGUUGGGCAUUGUAGAUGAGAUCCAGGAUGCUACACCUGUUCCACAGCUCUCUAAGAAGACCAAGACCAGUAACAAUAACAACAAAGAGGUUGUACCCAAGAAAAAACCCAGUAAAAAAGAAGGGAUGAAAAGCAAUCACCCCUCCAGCCUGCUGCCGGUUCCUAGCCUGGAAGACGAUUUGGGGGCCGCUGGGUCAUCAACUGAAAUCAGAUCAGAAAAGUGCAAGCCUAUGACGUAUGAGGAGAAGAGGCAGCUAAGCCUGGACAUCAACAAGCUUCCUGGUGACAAGCUCGGCCGUGUAGUGCAUAUCAUCCAGUCUAGAGAGCCCUCACUAAAAAACUCAAACCCUGAUGAGAUUGAGAUUGACUUUGAGACGCUAAAGCCCUCCACUUUGCGCGAGCUGGAAAGAUAUGUGUCUUCCUGCCUCCGCAAGAAGAGAAAAGUUCCAGUUGAGAAGCCUGUGGAGUCGAUGGCUACCUCCAAAAAGACUGGAUCUUCUUCAGAGAGCAGCGGCUCCAGCACAGACAGCGAAGCUGAGGGGACAGGAAUAAUAAAGCAUCAGAAUCAUAAGAAGAAGGGUCAGUCUGUGAAGGAGGGGAAGAAGACACAUCCGCAUGUACACAUUCAGAGUGGCCCUGCUCAGACUGGGCUUCAUUCCCAAAUUGCAGGCCUUCAGUCCAGCAGUCAGAUGAAGCAGCAGCAUCAGCCAUCUCCUGCAGGCUUCAUUGCUCCCCCUGUAGCUGCUCUAGAGUCAUCCCAGUUACUGGAGACUAGCUUUGAGUCCCUGCCACCUUUCGGCCAGCCCCUUUUGCAUCUGUCCCACCACGCAGGCAACUCCUCCUCACCCGCACCUCCACACCUCAACGCUCAUUCUGCCGGGCAAGUGUCUCCUGAGACCCACCCCUUCCUCAACCAGCAUCCUGUCCUCACAUCUCCAGCAUUGCACAUUUCCAUGCCUCAGCAGCCUUCUCGACCCAGUCACAAGGCAGCGCCUCUUCAUCCCAAACCCCCUCAACAGCAAUUAGCCCCUCCUCAGCAGCAGCCAACCCUGCAGCAGCAACAACUGCCUCAGCAGCAACUCCAGCCCCAGUCAGCAGCACCACCACAGCACCAGCUUUCCUCCCAGAUCCUUCACCCUCCUCAGCCCCUGCACCAACGGCCCAUGUCCCCUCCAACACUCACACCCCAGGGCUUGCUGUCUUCCCAGCCUCCCCAGAUGCUGCUGGAGGAUGAUGAAGAGCCAGGGUCUACAACGCCUAUGAACCAAGUACAGUUAUACCUGCAGCAGUUCCAGCAAGCCCGUCAGCCCCAGCAGUCCAUGCAAUUGCUCCAGGCCCAGGCUCGUCAGCAGCAACAACAACAACAACAACAGCAGCAGCAACAACAGCAGCAGCAACAACUACAACAACAACAAACGGGACAGAUCUCUCUUCUGCAGUCGGUCCAGGGACAAUCUCAACUCUCCUCUCAGACCACGCUGCCACCUCCCCGGCUCCCUAUUCAGUCCCAGGCUCAGCCAGCCCCAUCACAUCAGGCCCCGCCCCAACAGAUCCCUCUACACCAGGCCCACCACAUGCAGCACACUCUGCCGCAGCAACAGCAGCCACAACCGCAACAACUGAACUACCAGCAGGGUCCUGGACUAGCUGGUCAGUCCCAGGGAUCACAACACAAGGUAUCCAUGCCCACCAACAAAGCACAGCAGAUCAUCCAGCAACAGCAAGAGCAGCCCUCUCCUCGGCCAACCAAGGCUGACCUUUACAAUGCAGGUCACAUGAGGGACAACCCAUCCCCUCUCAUGAUGCAUUCCCCACAACUUCCCCAGUAUCCACCUGUGUCUCACCAGUCCCCACCUCACAACAUGCAGCCCAAAAAGAGGGCCCCUGUGAGCCAUAGUGUGGUAAAGGAGGAGAAACUUCCUCCAUCACCAGUGAUACGAGGAGAGCCAUUUAACCCUGCAAUGAGACCAGACCAUCACAAACAUCCUGAUAACAAGCCUUCUCAGCCAGGCCACGGCCAACAGAAUGUAAAGUCCAUGGACAGCUUGCGACCUGUCAUCCGCUCCUCUCAGUCCAGUGGACCGCCCUCCUCUCUGCAAGACAAGGAUAAGUUCAAGCAGGAGUCCAAGGCGCCCAUUGCCCCCAAAAAGGUACAGGAUGUGAAACUGAAGAAUAUGGGCUCAUGGGCCAGCCUGGCACAAAAGUCCACAUCUACACCCUUAUCUGCAGUGAAGUCAUCAAGUGACAGUUUUGAGCAGUUCCGUCGUGCUGCCCGGGAGAAAGAGGAGAGGGAGAAAGCACUGAAGGCCCAAGCUGAGCAGGUGGAAAAAGACAGACUACGGAGAGAGCAGGACAAACUACGGGGUCGAGAUGAAGAGGACAUCAUGGAGCCAAGCAGAAGAGUGCACGAGGAGCCACGCAGGCGUCUAGAGCAGCAACACGUUCAGGCUCCUUCGCAACAACAGCAACAGCAACAACAACAACAGCAACAGCAACAACAGCAGCAGCAGCAGCAGCAGCAGCAGGAGCCCCAGCCAGCUGCUAUUCAGCAGCCUCCUCAAUCCCCCACACCACCUCAGCCUGCCGCACAGAACCCACUCGACCAACAGAGGGAGCUAGCACGCCGCCGAGAGCAGGAAAGGAGGAGGCGAGAAGCGAUGGCAGCAACUAUUGACAUGAAUUUCCAAAGUGACUUAAUGGCUAUCUUUGAGGAGAAUCUGUUUUGAGGAAUGGGGCAACUGAAACGAAACUGCAAAAAAAGGAGAAAAAAACUUGCAUAAUGUAAACUUCCUCUAAAGAGAGACCUGGCGACCACGCACCACAGAGGGACACAGACUGCAUGUACUGUAGAUGUGACAGGCCCUCGGAGACCGAGUAUAAAUGCUGGACGGGCGCUCACGGCUCGCUUUGCCCCUGUGGACGGAACACACACACAACACAUGAGAAUAGUCUCAUGUUUUGGAUGUCAUUUACUGGGAAUUUGGCAUUACCUGCCUGGUAUCUCAUAACAGGAGAAAGAGGACCCCUGUUGGCACAGUUGCCUUUGUCACUUGCUUCUUACAGUGUGCGUGGACCCAAUAUAAAUUGCAAGAGUAAAGACAACUAUGAAACUAUGAAAAUGCUCUGAUAAUGUACUGACAGACUGUGCAGAUGUUUUAAAACUGCCAGAUGUCUGACGUGGUAAAGAAGACUGGUCUUUUAUGUUUUGUUUUGAUUGUUGUAAGUGAACAAAUGAAAUGGUUGGGGUGGGGGGGCAACUUCCAUACUGUAAAUCAUGUAUAUUUCUCAGCAGAGAAGGUACAGUUUGCCUUACACCUCUUUCCUAAACAGACCAUUAUGUUCUGUGGCCUGCACACAUGGAGAAACUAAUAACAAUUACAACCAAGAGUAGGUGCAGUGCAGAGCUUUUUUCAUCAUCUUAGUAUCUACUGUAAAGAAGUAUUUUCUUAUACUACAAUAACUGUUUAUUUUGGAUCUUUCUUUUUUUCUCUUUAGGUCUUUGAAUCUACAUACUAUCACACUCCACCACCUAUGUCUAUGCCAAACAACCCAUUAUCUUUUAUGCUAAAUUACUUGUCCUAAAAUAUGGUAGGUAGCUAGUGACAAAAAAAACAAACCCUGAAUAUAUGCAUUAUCAUAGUUCCAUCACGUAUUUAUCAAAGACAGAAUCUGUUGAAGUUUUAAUCAUGCCUUGUGUUUUUCAUUUAAAGCAGAAGAGGGGAAAGGUCCGGCCGUUUCUGAGCUUUAUUUGGAAUAUAAUUUCACUACAAGUGUUGCACCAUUUUUUGUAUUACACUUUGAGACAUAAAGUUGGAAAUGUUGAUAUCAUUGGCCUGUUUGCAACAGUCACACUACUGGAUCAGUUAAAAAAAUGAGAAGGUGAGGAGCCCCUUGCCCUUCCCUCUGUGUGUGUGUGUGUGUGUGCGCUCUGAUCUUCCCUAAAGAUUUUGAACACAUGUCAACAGGUAGAGUGCUCUAGGCAGGAAGGGGCAAUCAGGGGCAAGACAGAAACUUAACACUUUCCUAUAGCUGUUACUUGAAUCAGGUUUAGUAAAAAAUAGCUGAAGGGAGCGGAAGGAGCUCCCACUUAGUUUAAAUUCUAAUUGACUGAGGGCAAACUGUCAACACAAAAUGAAAAGACAAACAUAAGUUAAGAAAUGUAAAACUCUGGAAAAAAAAUUUUUUUUCAUUAUAUCUUUGUUCUUGUUCGAUAAUAGUGGAUGUGAGUUAUAAUUCUGUUCUUGGAGACAUUGGGAUGGGUUAAAAUCGGAAUGCAUCUCGUCCUCUUCACUUGUCUCUUAUGGUGUUUUUCUCCAGUGCCUGUAUUGUAUUGCAAUUCUUGUUGGCUUAUAUUACACUUUGAGGGGGUUUAGAAAGGGGGCAGGUCAGGAAUGGGUGGUGUAAUAUUUGAAUGGGGAGGGAGAUUUUUGAAAGAGUUUGUGUUAAAAAAAAAAACUAAAAAAAAAAUUUACUAAAAAAAGGACAAGACAGUGUUUUAUAUUUCACCCGUUGUCAAUAUUCGGGUUUUAAAUUUAGUUUUAGCUGGACUUCUAUGAGUGUACACAUCUGACAGCUAAUUUCUUAUUUUGUUCAAUCAGCAGAUUUUAGGUAGAUAUGUUUCAGCGUUGUGUUGUGUGUUGUGUGUGUGUGUGUGUGGUGUGUGGUUGUGUGUGUGUGGUGUGUGUGUGGGUGUGUGUGUGUUUGUGUGUGGUGGUUGUGUGUGUGGGUGUGUGUGUGUGUGUGUGGUGUGUGUGUGGGGGGGGGGUGGUGUGUGUUGUGUGUGUGUGUGUGUGUGUGUGUGGUGUGUGUGUGUGUGUGUGUGUGUGUGUGUGUGUGUGUGUGUGUGUUCCUUUUAAAGUGUGGUGCAGGAGGCAUGUUCCCCAAUGUAGAUGAUCAUUCUAUUGAUGAGGAGGAUAAACAGUACUUCAGUAAAACUUGUUCCUGUGCUAAAGUCACCUUUUUUAAUUUCAUUGAAGUCCACCAUAUAUGAACAUAGAAUUUUUAUUAGACCGGUUUUGAAAGGGUAA